AUGUCUGGGAGACACAAGAAGAGAAUCAAGGUUGUUCCAACAGCCAAGGAGAUUCAGGAGCUAGAACAUUAUUCAAAGUUUGGUAAAACAAGGAGUCAUGACACCUUGCCCAGGUCUGCUAGGCCAGUGCCUGAGAGACCCAAUCGCAUCCAGUUGCGACCCCUGGUGCCGGCGCCUGUGACUACAAUGAGACAUCCUCUGACUGGAGUCACUUCUACCCAUUCACUAACAUCCUCCUCCUCUGCCACUUCAUUUAGUAGUAAGUAUGACACAGCUCCUGGUAUGAUCCCUGUUCCUGUUACCAUCAAGGACCCCAGAAUGCUGGAGUGGAUGACAGAGUUUGAUGAUGGGCCACAAAGCAGCUAUGUUUACAGACCCACUUUUCUCCAGUUCCGCAGUGAUGAUCCAGAGGAUGACAGGUUUGAGGAUAUCAAAGUUCGUUCAGAGGCUCUGGAAAGGAAUGAGAUGAACACCUACUAUUCUAAGGUGCGCAGGGAAGCACCCUUUCAUUGGUUGAUGAUCUGCUGCAACUUGUACUCUGUCACGUACUCAAGCUACUUACUUUACAAGUUCUCUGAGUUUGGGGAAAGUUAUGUUCGAAACAAUGUCAAGUCCCCCCUGGUAGCACACAGAUACUUGCAGUGUCAUGUCUUGUUGUCCGCCCUCAUCAGCCUGCUGGAGGCGGUGCGGCGGUCUUUUGACGUGCCGUUCAUGGUGUGGUUCUUGUGGUCGCGUGGCGCCAUGCGCGGCCUGGCCAACCUGGACGUGCGGGCCAAGGUGGACGACAUCAAGUCCCUGCUGUACCUGCUCUACUGCACCUGGACUGUGCCUGGCAUGACCUACGAGACCCUCAGGUUCUUCGGGUUCGACAUCCGGGUCGCGUCGCCGUUCCAGGCCUUCUUUCCGCUGGCCUUUGUGUCCUACGCUGCGCUGGCCAUUGUGCGUCCGCUCAGGGGUCUCAGUUAUGACAGAGUGGCCAUGAACUUCAAUGUCUUGUGGAAGAUUCCUGUGUUAGUGUCUGCCACGACUCUGUCAAUUUUCUACCUCAUCAAUGGAUACGCUGACCACGACGACCACGUUCUCCCGCCCUUUGGCCUGAAAAUCCUGGUGGCCAGCGUGCUCAACUGGGCCUACCUCAACUACAUUCGCGGCCUGCAAGAGUGCUUCUCCCUGUACCAGCCCGGCGACUUGGAAACGGCGGUCCUGCGAUGCGGCGACACCGUGGCCUUCUCCACGUUCCAGCACCGCUUCAGCAGGGCCUUCGAGAACGUCUUCACUUCGACGGCCGGAUGA